GUCUGAGCUUAGCCUUAGAGAUCCACGAGGAGGUGGAACCGGUGACGUGGCGUUCUGACGUGCUCGGAAGCAGAAGGCCGUGUUCCAGCGGGGAGAUCUCGCCUCGGGGUCUUGCCCUAGGGAUAGUGCCGAGGAGCCUAUCUGACACCGUCUUCUCCACCGCCCAGACCCAAGUGGGCCAUGCUGAAAGCCGUGAUCCUAAUCGGGGGUCCCCAGAAAGGGACCCGCUUCCGGCCCUUGUCCUUUGAAGUGCCCAAACCCUUGUUCCCAGUGGCAGGGGUACCCAUGAUACAGCAUCACAUUGAGGCAUGCACUAAGGUACCCAACAUGAAGGAGAUUCUUCUGAUUGGCUUCUAUCAACCUAAUGAGGCACUCAACCACUUCCUGGUGUCUGCCCAGCAAGAGUUCAAAAUCCCUAUCAGGUAUCUCCAGGAAUAUGCAGCACUUGGCACAGGUGGGGGUAUCUACCACUUCCGUGACCAGAUCCUUUCAGGUAACCCUGCAGCCUUCUUUGUGCUCAAUGCUGAUGUCUGCUCUGAAUUCCCGCUCGAAGAGAUGCUUGCCUUCCAUCGUCAGCGUGGCAGUUCCGACAGCUUCCUCAUGCUGGGCACCACGGCCAAUAGGAAGCAGUCUCUGAACUAUGGCUGUAUUGUGGCGAAUGCUGACACACACGAGGUCUUGCACUAUGUGGAGAAGCCCAGCACUUUUGUGAGCGAGCUCAUCAACUGUGGCAUCUACCUAUUUACCCCAGCCAUCUUCCAUCACAUUGGGGAAGUCUUCCAACGUAACCAGCAGGAGCUGCUCUUAGAGGAGAACACAAACGGUUGGCAGAGGGCUGAAGCCAUCCGACUGGAGCAAGACAUCUUUACAGGCCUUGCUGGGCAGGGACGCCUCUUUGCCUACAGAACGGAAGGGUUCUGGAGCCAGAUCAAAUCUGCUGGCUCUGCCAUCUAUGCCAAUCGUCUUUAUCUGACCUGCUACAGCCAGUGUCAUCCGGAGAGACUUGCCCAGAACCAACCCGGUGGGCCCAGCAUCCGAGGGAAUGUCUAUAUUCAUCCAACGGCCUCGGUGGAUGCCAGUGCUGUGCUGGGCCCCAAUGUCUCCAUUGGGAAAGGAGUGACCAUUGGUGCAGGAGUGCGAGUACGUGAAUCCAUCAUUCUGCACGGAGCAUCUCUCCAGGAUCAUACGUGUGUGCUCAACAGCAUUGUCGGCUGGGACAGCACCAUUGGACGCUGGGCUCGUGUAGAGGGUACCCCCAGUGAUCCCAAUCCAAAUGAUCCCUAUGCCAAGAUCAACAGCGAGACACUCUUCCGAGAUGGCCGUCUGACUCCAUCUAUCACUAUUCUGGGAUGCAAUGUGACCAUUCCCGCUGAAGUGGUCAUCCUGAACUCCAUCGUGCUUCCUCACAAGGAGCUCAGCCGCAGCUUCAAGAAUCAGAUCAUCCUUUAACGAGCCAUGAAUUCCCCACUGGUGACUUCCAGACAGAAAGUUCAAGAGCGUCAUAAUAAUGUAAUUUGUGACCAUCAGACUUAAACUCUCAAGCCUCAUUCAAUCUGCGUUGGCCAAGAUCUACGGCUUUGGUGUCAUCUGCAAUGUCCUUCUGGGCUUUUUCAGGGAAUGGGAAUAUGAAUAUGAGCCUCUUUCUAGGCUGGAAGAAGUUGACUUGCCCCCUCUCCCCCUGACUUGACUGCCAGUAAACCUCUCCAAGGAAGAGGCCUGCCUGAACUUUACCUCACUGAAGGCCAUCGACAGAGAAAGGUGUGUAGCUGAGAGGACGCAUCUCUGCAGGCUUCUGUGUCUCCCAGAUGCCUUUGUUCAUCCUCCAGUUAAAUCCCAUCAGUCCCAAGAGCUCCAUUCCUCAUGCCACCUAUGAAACAGAGUUAGGGGCAACUUCAGAUCAAGUACUUCAGAUCAAGUACUGCAGCUCACAUGGCAGAAAGACCUGUAAUUCUCCCUUCCCUU